AUGGCCGCCUGCAACCGCAAGCGACCUGCUGCUGUCCUCGACGCCGUCCACGCCACGACGGCUCAGCAUCAACAAUCGCCGGCGCGCUGCAAGAGGAGCCGCACCUUCAUCGGGAUCACCGACGACUACGAACAGGUGAACUGCCUAGGCCAAGGCGGCUUCGGCGUCGUCCUCAGGUUGCGCCACAAAGUCACCAAGAAGGACUUGGCCGUCAAGUUCCUCUCCUCGCCGGACGACACCGAGGAGGGCCCCGACGUCGAAGAUCUUUAUCGGGAGGCACGAUUCCUCGAGGCCUGCCAAGGAAACCCUUACGUCGUCGGCUUCGAGGGCCUGAUGCACCACCGCCAUGUCGUCCACCGCGACAUCAAGCCCGCCAACAUCCUCGUCGGGGACGGGGACAACGGGGAGCUCGUCAAGCUCUGCGACCUCGGGCUGGCCAUCUCCUUGUCAGACAAGCCACCGUACAGCCAGGCCGGCACGGCGCCCUACAUGGCGCCCGAGAUGAUCCUGGGCAAGCGAGACUACGACGCGCUCGUGGACACGUGGUCCAUCGGCUGCGUCUUUGCCGAACUGCUCACCGGCAAGACCUUGUUCGCGUGCGACGGCGAAGAUGAAGACGACGAUGACAAGAUAAAGGUUGACGUAUACCAGCUGUGGAGCAUCUUCCGAGUGCUCGGGGUGCCGGACGAGAGUACGUGGCCAGGGUUCACGUCGCUGCCGCACACCGCCGAGGCGCUGCGGCUGCUACCGGCGGGGCACAACCACAGCCGGCUGCGGGAUUUGUUCCCUGAAGAGAAGCUGUCCGAGGAAGGAUUUCAGGUGUUGCAAGGGCUCCUCACGUGCAACCCCGACAAGCGACUGACGGCAGCCGCCGCGCUGAAGCACCCAUGGUUCGCUGCUCCUCGCUCUGCCGCCGAUGCCGUUGAGAAGGUCGAUGCUCUGUCCUUUCCGAAAAAGAAGACACCAAGGUUCAAGUUCAUCCCGCCGGAGAAGAAUCUACUCAAAAUCCCACUGGCCGUGUGGAAAAGCCAUCUAUGUAAAUGCUAG